AUGAAUGAGUUUGUUUUAAGCGGCAACAACUUGAGGGCAUUUGGCCGGAACGACAAGCUGAACGCGGGUCGUGUGAUUGGCUGCGAGCUGGAGAGGAUCGAGAGGACACUAGAACUGCUCUUCAUCAUCAGUCCUGCUCCUCUGCUGCACUGGACACUAGAGGACAAAGGACCCAACAGGAGUCAAGAGAGUGGAUUAAAGCAAUGUUGUGGCGGUCUCAUGAAGACACUGGCUCCUCCCAUAGUCUCCUCUGGGAACGGCCUUCAGCCCUGCCUGGGGGUCAGCUGCAGCCGGCCGCGGGGAUGCUGUAAAAUUGUGAUUAGCCCCUGGGGUCAAAGCCGUGUUGAUCUGCACUGCGCCUCCUGA